ACAAACAUAAGAAUUUUAUAAGAAGACAUACAUUGAACGCAACAUCUUGAUCACAGCUGUUUUCAACCCUUAUUUUGACAAGAAUGGAGGAUGAUAUCGAACCGGGAGGAAUCCCAAAUCGAAGGAGAUCCAGCUGGAAAACCUUCAUUGUUGACGCGUCCCCAAUAUUCCGCCGUCCGUACACCUUGAAUACAACUGUGACGGGUAUAUCACUUUCAGUGGAGCCGCAAUUGCUUGAAAAUCUGCCGAAGCUGACAUAUGAGGAGUCCCAAUGUCAGGGAAGAUUAAUGUCUUUCAUCGUAGGAGACGACCUGCAAAAAGGCUCGCUUCAAAAGGCCUGUCAAUGGUACUCGAGGCAUCUUCAGAUGAGAUUCAAGGAGGCAUGGUAUCUCCUGGCGCGCUCCCUCGUGGGAUUGGUAGACGAUUCCUCGGAACCAAAACCGGGAGACUUGGUCGUUGUUUACGACUUUGUACUUGCAGUGGCUCGACUUCUCAGCGUGAAGAAAAACGUUGCCCUGGUGGAGUUUGUGGAUCAACUAGACAAUGACAGCCUACUGAAGCCUCAAUUGGAUGACGAACGAGCUAAACCAAACCAAAUUGUCUUUGCCGCCCUUGGCUGGCUUACCAUGUUUUAUGAGGCUGUACCGGAUCCCGGAGCGGACAGCUUAGAAGUCAAGAAGACUUCCACAAGCUCUUCUGGCCUGAGAAAUGCUCUUAUCACAAGAAAGUAUUCCUCGUUUCAGCAAGGGUUUGAGUACAUAGCCCAGCCAUUAGACACCAUGCUAGACCAUUUUGGCUGUUUGAUACCCAUGCCUCGAAUCCGUCCACUGCAUCCGCAGUGGCUAUCCGGAAAUCAGCAAAGCGAAGUAAUUAUGGUCCACUCCAUCUGUUUCAAUUUUCUUCACCAGAUUGCUGGACUGAGAAUUGAAUGGGUGAGCUCCCUGACUUUACAUCUUGAGCUUGAUAGUGAACGAAAGACAUUGAAAUUGUUUCAAUAUCCUUCCUUCUGUCGAAUGAUGAUGCGUGAUCACAAAAAUCAUGUGCUUUCUCGACUUCUCAAUGACCACGCUGAGAGGUUUUGUGAAGAUGUUAAUACACCUGACAUCCCAACCGCACUAUUAUUCGAGGAGAUCCUCCGUUCAUACCGCUUAAUCUUUGGUCAAGACGAGCGAUCAUGGAAAGCUUUCUCAAAGAUGCUCACCAAAGUCGAAGAGGAUCAAGGGCAAGGGAGAACAAUUUCAGCGUGUGAUCCUUUACUCCAUGUGCUCUGUGGGCAGAGUUCUACAUCUCCCGAAGCUCGUAAAAUAUACGACGAGAUAGAUUGCCGUCGAGACACAAAUCUCAAUGAGCAGACGACUUACUGCAACCCUGACACGUUCCCCUUCUUUGGUAAGCGUUUGUUAGAGCUGCAGCAAUUUGACAAACAGCACCAGCCACAGACUGUGAGGUCGCUCCUUGGUGAUAAACGGGACGUAGGAGCAUGGUUUACACUAUGGAACAAUCAGCUUCUCGUGUUUUUUGCUACGUUCACGAUUCUAUUGAUGGUAGUUUCUCUCGGGUUUCAAAUUUGGCAGACAAUUCUAUCGAAGCAGCAACUCCAACAAGGGCCAGGGACAGUCAGUGGAUCAUAGAUGUUUUUUUCGUUCAUCUGGUAAUGUCUAUGGAAAAGCUGAGAUGAAUACAUACAAAUUGACAAAAUUGGAAUUUUCGCUACAUAUUCUGCGGAGCUUGACGCUACCACAUUCUCAUGAGAUAAAAUAGACAACUCCAAAGUAAACGCCCCUGAAGUCGACGAGAAGAAUAAAAUGCAUUUUCAGCGAUAGAACAAUGG